CAUACAAUCGUUAGAAUUUUUUUUACUGCUCGUCAGUAAUUUUCAAGUAUUCUAUCGCUGUUAAAAGAAUGAAUAUUGCAUACGUGUUAUUUGUCAUAUUUUUUCUGGUCGAAUAUCUUGAAUUUGAUAAAAACGUCACAUUUGGGAUUGAAGCGGUCGUCAAUGGCGAAUACGUGUAUAACAUAGAACAACAUAAUUAUAUGGUGGGAGUACACCAUUUCAUCAAUAGCACCCACGGUCAACUUAUAUGUGGAGCUGCGAUCGUAUCGCAUGACAAGAUCGUUUUGGCUGCGCAUUGCUUGUACAAUAAGGGGGGUCAUUUUUUGUUGACUUUUGGUGCUGUUUAUAUAAAUCGGCCGGAAUUAACAAUGAAUAUCACCGAGGAACAUUUCAUCAUUCAUCCAGACUACUCCAAAGGCAUACCGCACGACCAUGAUUUGGCUGUUAUUGAAUUUUAUAUGCAACAAUUUACCGCAACAGUUGGUAACAUCGAUAUGGUGCCCAAAACAUACAAACCAAAGCGGGGCGAUGUCGUCACAAUGUUAGGUUACACAACCUACGAUGAAAAUAACAAUAUUGUUGGCGAUGAUGAAUUUUACUUGCAACGCACCCGAUCGACAAUUGCUGAAUUCUCAAUUUGUAAACGAAAUUUCAAAGAAAAAGACAGCCGUUAUAAUUUAGAUGAAAACUAUCAAUUGUGUAUUGCUUUGAAGGAUGGAAAAACAUCAAACGUAAGCAAGGGCGACAGUGGAAGUCCUCUUAUAUCAGAGGAUGGAGAAUUACUGGGUGUAUUAUCAAUGGGGGACAUUGGUACACCAGAGGUUUAUACCUCCAUCGCUGCACAUCGUGAUUUUAUCGACAAUCCAAGGUCAUUCCGCGGAAAGAGAUCUGGAAAAACAGAAGCUGGAUCGAGUAGACAAACAACUUCUUCAAGUAGGUCGGGCUCUAGCUCCCGUUCUUCUUCAAAAACAAAAGCAACGAUUGAAAAACGCGUUGAUAAAAUUGAGGAUCAUAAAUACACUGCUGGUCUCUUAUACAUGAAAGAUAGUAACGAUGGACCCUAUUUGUGUACAGCAACGAUAAUAUCGAAAACUAAGAUAUUGUGCGCCGCACAUUGUGUUUACGAGAAGUACUCCGUGACCUUGGAAUUCGGCACGGUAGACACGGAUGAGACAUAUCAAACUGUGAACGUAAAAAAAAGUCAAAUUUUCGUCCAUCGAGAUUAUGAGGAGGACCCAGUAUAUGUCAACGACAUAGCGAUCAUUUUGCUUAAAACUCCAUUGAACUUUGAUUCAAAAAUUGGUGAAAUUAAACCUUACGCUGCAUACGAGUUGAAGGCGGACGAAAGAGUUACUUUGGUCGGCCAUUCAAAGGGAUACUUGCACUACUUUGAAAGCACAAUUUCUAGCUUUGUUGGAUGCAGACGUUCAUAUUGGGAACGAAACAAUGAUAACCCAUGGUUAGAUGAGAAACGACAAUUUUGUGUUAAAAUGCAUAAUAACGAAGACAACAUUGGCUCUGGUUAUGCGGGCGGACCUGUGAUAACGGCUGCAGGAAAAUUUAUUGGCAUUUUUUCGUAUGACUUUACCGGCUACCCGGAGGUUUGCACCCUAUUAAACGGGUUCUCGGAUUUCAUUGCUGAUACAAAGGCUUUUUCUAAAAAUAUCUCCAAAUCGACUUCCACAUCAUCGUCGUAUUCAUCCUCUUCAUCGUCGACUUCGACAUACAAGAAAAAAUCAUCUAUUAAAAAGUUAUUCACCAGAAGCUGAAUUUAAAGUUACACUUUGAAGACAAUCCAACACAGCAAAUUACCUUUUUUGAAGUUAUUGCAAUAAAAUAAUUUUCCAUAGACGUCCAAUA